GUGGAGUAGCUUUGUUUAAACUUUAGCACCCACACAUAGGCAAUGGAACCACUGCCGACAGGACGAGACUAACGACUCCACUGGGUGUCAAUGAUGCCUCGGCAUAGAGUCGGCCCGCCGAGCUCAGGCUCGUCGCGUUCUUGAAUUGAAAUAACUGCCAUCUUUACUUGCUCUUCAUGGAUCUUUGAAUUUUCGUAUUGAACAUACACCCAGACGAUCAUAUCAUGGCAGAGAGAGAUACUUCAAAUUUCGACACCAAUCCCGAUUAUGGGCAGCUCACGUUCUGGGAGAGACUUUCCGUCAAGUUUCUUCCGCUGUAUUUGUACGGUAUCACGGUGCCCAAAGUCAUCCUUCGACGCCAGGUAGGGAUUGGGCCUACACAUCUCCCGCUCAGUCUCGAUUUGAGACUGGAUUCUAUGCGAACAUCAACGGCCCUCCUCUCCAGCCGGCAGAUCCGCAGCUUCCACGGCUCCGGGGAUGCCGCCGCAGCAAAGGUCCUCUCGGUACCGCGAUUCGCCGGCGUAAAGCAGCAUCUAUACCAGCCCGUCCGGCGCGCAAACAUGCUCGGCUACUGGAUCAUGCGGAAUUCGCUCAGCGAACCAACGUCGCCGACGGAGUCGGAGCUGGUGUUGUAUUACCUCCACGGCGGCGCGUACUGCAUUUACCAGCCAGGCCACUUCUUGGUGUUCCAGCUGCGCCUGGCCGAAGCAUUGCUGCUGCGCGGCGUGAAGGUUUCCAUCUUCGCCCUGGACUAUACGCUCGCGCCUGAAGCUGCGUUUCCUGCGCAGCUGGAGCAGGCCGCUAGAGGGUAUCAGUACCUCGUUGAGGAGUUGGGAAUCGAGCCGGCGAAGAUUGCGGUCAUGGGGGAUUCGGCUGGAGCAAACCUGAGUCUCAGCCUUCUUACGCACCUCGCCUCCCCCCACCCCUCCAUAAUCCCCAACCCCACCACGCGCCUCGCGAAGCCAUCACUCGCGAUCCUCAUCUCGCCAUGGGUAUCACUGCACGCAAUGCGGAGCAGCUACACCUCCAACGCUUUAGUAGACUUUAUCCCACCGGCGGGACUCGAGAGUUUCGCCUCGUCCUUCCGCGGGACCACUCCCGCCACCGACGCCACACUGCAGAAAUACACCGAGUUCGUGCACACCUCCCACGACCUUUCCUCGGUUCUCCCACAGAGAACCCACGUCCUCGCUGGCGGAGCAGAGCUGUUUCUCCCCGAUAUCACGGCGUUCGUCGAGAAGGCCCGACAGGCCGGCGCGGAGAUAGACUUGAACGUCCUCGAAAGACGCAUGCAUGAUCCCCCCGUCACGGAGUGCGUUAGGGGCCCUGGCGUGCAGAAGUAUAGGGUAUUGCCGUUGAAGAAGGAGGCGGGGAGGGAGAUGUUGCCGGUUACGGCGGGGUUGGCGGAGGAUAUUGCGGUGUGUGUCAAGAGGAGGGGGAUGGGGAUGAGUAGAUUGUAGUUGGUUGAUGGAUGGAUCCGCUGGGGCGUGUGGACGGGAUGAGUGAUGAAUGAAUGAGUUACGUAGGUGCUGUUGAAUGAGUCUAUUGCGAUUUUGGGAAGGGGAGUAGGGCGA